GGCUUAUGUCGGGGCUAAGUUUAAAGGACUGGUGCUGUGACUAGACUGAAUGUGACUCCGUAGUUCUGCGAAGAGGCUAAGCUUUGAGUUUGAGACUAGUGAUGGGGACUGAGUUGAGUUAUGGAUUAGGAGGGAGGGUUCCGUGCUCAAGGGUGUCAUCUGGUCUAGUAGUUUGUAAGGGCUGCUCUGCCGGGAUAGUGAUUGUAUUUGGCCUUGAGGUUAUACCUAGAUGUUCUGAUAUAAAGAAGAUAGUGUAUACACAGAAUAUGGGGUGCAUACCUAGGGCUGCCACUAUGAUGCUUAGUGAGUGAGGCGCUCUUGGUUGACGUUCGCCAUUCAGAACCUAGAAAUAAACU